AACAUCCUAAGGUCUUUUCUUUCUCUGAUCUUCUUGAGUGACUUAAAAUGGUUUCCACUCCUCCUAAGAUAACUCAAUCAGAACAAAAAGGGGUGGAAUACGGCCCUGCCCGUCGAGCCAAAUGGUGGUACUCGACUUUCCACACGGUGACAGCCAUGAUAGGUGCUGGUGUUCUCAGCUUGCCAUAUGCCAUGGCCUAUCUAGGAUGGGGUCCAGGGAUCUUGAUGUUGUUACUGUCAUGGUGUCUGACCUUAAACACAAUGUGGCAAAUGAUCCAGCUACACGAAUGUGUUCCGGGAACUCGUUUCGAUCGAUAUAUUGAUCUUGGUAGACAUGCUUUUGGACCAAAACUUGGAGCAUGGAUUGUUCUACCUCAGCAACUGAUUGUACAAGUUGGGUGUGAUGUUGUGUAUAUGGUUGUUGGUGGAAAGUGUCUAAAGAGUUUUGUGGAGAUAGCAUGCACCGAUUGUGCACAAAUCAAACAGUCUUAUUGGAUUAUGAUUUUUGGUGGAAUUCAUUUUUUUCUUUCUCAGCUUCCUAAUUUCAAUUCUGUUGCUGGUGUUUCUUUAGCCGCAGCUGUGAUGUCAUUAAGCUAUUCAACUAUAGCCUGGGUGGCUUGCUUAUCCAGAGGUCGGAUCGACAAUGUCAGUUAUUCGUACAAGCAAAUCAGCAAAACUGAUAUGUUGUUCAGAGUCUUCAAUGCACUUGGUCAAAUUUCAUUUGCAUUUGCGGGCCAUGCAGUGACCCUCGAAAUUCAGGCUACGAUUCCAUCAACACCUGAGAAACCUUCGAAGAUACCGAUGUGGAAAGGUGCUAUUUGCGCUUAUUUCAUCAAUGCGAUAUGUUAUUUCCCGGUUGCAAUCAUUGGAUAUUGGGCUUUUGGGCAAGAUGUUGAUGAUAAUGUACUUAUGUCACUAAAAAGACCUUCAUGGCUUAUUGCCUCUGCUAACUUGAUGGUAUUCAUCCAUGUUAUUGGUAGCUACCAGGUUUAUGCUAUGCCUGUUUUUGACUUGAUUGAGAGGAUGAUGAUGCAAAGAUUGAACUUCCCUCCUGGUGUAGCGCUUAGACUUGUAGCUCGAUCUGCUUAUGUAGCUUUUACAUUAAUCUUUGGAAUCACUUUUCCUUUCUUUGGAGAUCUUCUUGGAUUCUUUGGUGGUUUUGGUUUUGCUCCAACAGCAUAUUUUCUUCCUAGCAUAAUGUGGCUGAUAAUCAAGAAGCCAAAGAGAUUCAGCACCAACUGGUUCAUCAAUUGGGGUUCAAUUUACAUAGGUGUGUGUAUUAUGGUGGCAUCCACAGUUGGUGGCUUAAGGAACAUUAUUGCUGAUUCAUCCACUUAUAGUUUCUAUACAUAAACUACAUGAUGUUGCAACUAUCUCAAACUUUAUCCAAUGUCUUUACCUUAUUGUAGUAUGAUGAAUCAUAAUUAUUGUAUGAUUAAUUUAAAAAAAAAAACUCUCAUAAAGUAGCACAAUGUUGAAUUGCAUUGUGUACACUAUUAAA